AUGGCGGAGAGGAACCACAAAUCCACAUUGGUCAGGGGAGGGAAGCUCGUCGCCACAUACACUCUGGCUGAACAGGGCGAGUUGAAGUAUGCCGCAGAGGUAUCAUUUGCCGAGGUUUCCCUGACUGGUGAUGAGGCGGCCCUCGUCGACGAGGCUGUCUUUAUGCAAGUCAAGGAGUCAGUGCGCACCGAGAUGGACUGCCAGGUCUGUUACGCACUCUUCUAUGAUCCUUUGACGACGGUGUGUGGUCACACCUUCUGCCGUUCGUGCCUCCACCGCGUCCUCGACCACUCACUCUACUGCCCGAUCUGUAGGAGAGCCUUGUCAAUCAGCCCUUUACUGCAUCGACAAUCAUGCCCAUCCAAUGAAAGUCUGUCGAAGAUGAUCAACACUUUCUGGGCUGAUGCCGUGCUAACCCGAGGAGAUGCCCUAGCGGCUGAGGCGUUGAAUCGACAUCGAGAGUUUGACAUUCCCGUCUUCGUCUGUACGCUGGCAUUCCCGAUGAUGCCAACGUUCCUUCACAUCUUUGAGCCAAGGUAUCGACUCAUGAUUAGACGUGCGUUGGAAGGGGAUCGGACCUUUGGAAUGGUUAUGCCGCGACGACCACGGCAUGCAGACGACGCUCCGUUUGUUGAGUACGGUACACUUCUCCGCAUUGUCAAUGCGGAAUAUUUCCCAGACGGCCGCAGCUUGAUCGAAACCAUUGGCAUAUCUCGUUUCAAGGUUGUGAGGCACGGGGUCCUCGAUGGCUACAUUGUCGGCAAGAUUGAUCGCAUCGACGAUGUCAGCAUCGCUGAAGAAGAAGAACUUGAAGCCCAAGAAAUUCGACAUUCAUCUUUGCAACGUGUCGCCAGUAACACGUCGCAACGUAGUGGCUCAGGGACGCCGCCCAGAGUAACAACGACAACGGAGGAUCUCGCGAGGAUGCCUACCCGGGAUUUACUCGACUUUGCCGUUUCAUUUGUGCAAAGGAUGAGCCAGCAGAGUGUUCCCUGGCUUGCCCAGCGCAUACUUACAAUCUACGGGGAGUGCCCAGUUGACGCAGAGCAGUUCCCCUGGUGGUUUGCCAGCAUUCUUCCCGCCAAGGAACCCGAGAAGUACAGAUUACUAGGAACACAGAGUGUUCGCGAACGACUCAAAAUCUGCUGCGCCUGGGUCCUUGAGUGGGAAGCCAAUAGGUGGUAA